UUGCUUCUCUAGCCUAUCAUUAUUUUUUAGGACAAGGUGAGAAAUAUUGGUCAGCAGCACAGAUUGUUCUUUUGUUUUUUCUAAUUGAAAAAAGGAAGUGCGCGCGUAUGAACGCGCGUGUAUGUGGUGAAGAUGUUUUGCGAAACUUUUUUAAGGAUGAUAUACCUUGGAUGUUUCCUGUUUCUUUGUGGGUUUACGCAUGCCAUACCAAGUUACCCUAUCUGGUGGUCCCUAGCGGUGGGCCACCAGUACUCGUCCCUGGGCUCCCAGCCCAUCCUGUGUGGCUCCAUCCCUGGCCUGGUGCCCAAACAGCUGCGAUUCUGCCGAAACUACGUGGAGAUCAUGCCUAGUGUGGCCGAGGGGGUGAAGAUCGGCAUCCAGGAGUGCCAGCACCAAUUCAGGGGCCGCCGCUGGAACUGUACCACCAUAAACGACAAGGCCAUCUUCGGACCAGUGCUUGACAAAGCCACCCGGGAGUCAGCAUUCGUUCAUGCCAUUGCCUCAGCGGGGGUGGCGUUCGCAGUGACGCGGUCCUGCGCCGAGGGCUCAGCCACCAUCUGUGGUUGUGACACACGCCACAAGGGCCCACCUGGCGAGGGCUGGAAGUGGGGCGGAUGCAGCGAGGAUGUGGAUUUCGGCAGCAUGGUGUCCCGGGAGUUUGCAGACGCCCGUGAGAACCGGCCCGAUGCGCGCUCUGCCAUGAACCGCCAAAACAACGAGGCGGGACGAACGUCUCUGAACGACAACAUGUUCCUGAAGUGUAAGUGCCAUGGCUUGUCAGGCAGCUGUGAGGUGAAGACGUGCUGGUGGUCCCAGCCUGACUUCAGAGUUAUCGGAGACUACAUGAAGGACAAGUACGACAGCGCAUCAGAGAUGGUGGUGGAGAAGCACAAGGAGUCCCGCGGCUGGGUGGAGACUUUGAGACCCAAGUUCACCUUCUUCAAACCGCCCACGGAGCGAGACCUGGUCUACUACGAGAGCUCGCCCAACUUCUGCGAGCCCAACCCAGAGACAGGCUCUUUCGGGACGCGCGACCGUGUCUGUAACCUGACAUCACACGGCAUCGACGGCUGCGACCUGCUGUGCUGCGGCCGGGGACACAACACCCAGGCGGAGAAACGGAAGGAGAAGUGCCACUGCAUCUUCCACUGGUGCUGCUACGUCAGCUGCCAAGAGUGUGUUCGAGUCUAUGAUGUUCACACCUGCAAAUAGAUAGGGCCUUUGGGACCGCUCUUUCUGCACCUCACCAACUGUAUUUAAAAAAAUACUUCAACGUAUAAAAGAGGAAGCUACGGUACGAGCCAGGCUCAGAGAAAUUGAGAGGCUUUGAUUGGACUUUGAUCAAGCAUUAGUUGACUUGUCUGUGGAUUCAGCUACAGUACAGUCACCUAAUGGGCAACCAAGAUGGCGGCCUGUCAUGUGAUGCUGUGGUGUCAGCCGCUCUUAGAAUGCUGAGGUAGUUCUAGAAUACAGAGGUGGACUCAUGGAGGCUCUAUUCAGAAAAUCAACAGGUUUAUGUUGAUGUUGAUGACCACCAUCUCAUCGAUAUGUUGAUGACCACCAUUUCAUCGAUAGAGGCAAAAGUGGAGACCAUUACAGAGUGAACUAUGAGUAGCCAAGGAGUGACUUUCAGUGACUUCCAGAAAGGUGUUUCAAGGCCUUGGUUUCCUUCCUGACACAACAAAAGAAAACUGUAGGUUGUAUAUGGCUACAUAAACUGUACUGUUGACAAGCACCAUGUUGGUGAAAAGUCUGUAUUCUCUAUGUAGACUCCUUCAUGUAUAGCAGAACAGCACUGUCUAAAACUUUAGGAUACCAUACAAUCUAUUUUUCUAAAUAUUAAGUGGCACUCUGCUCUGCUUAUGAGUUUUAUAUAUCUACAAAAAAAGAACAGCCUUUCUGAGCUAUGUUCACAACUUUGUAUGACCAUGGUGCACUCAAAAGCACACAUUCUACUCGAUAUUUAAGUGGUAACUAACUUUUCAACUGUUUUAUGAUACAUAUAGUGUUAACAUGUUACUAAUGUUGGGAUUAGAAUGCACUUGCACCUAAGUGAAUGUAGUUUUUAAAUUUCUGUUUUUACAUUCCCAUGUAUUCUCAAAUCCUGUCUUUUUUAGUCUGUGGUAUGAAGUAGGAUUACUCUGAUCACACAAAGCACAUGAGCACAAAUCAACCAAAUCAAACAGGUUUGAAAAUAAUUGAUGUUUAUCCCUAUACAAUCUUCUAUCAAUGUCUCGUUGGGAACCCUGCUACAACUGCAAGCUCUUUGAAGAAAGUUUCCAAGAGUUGGCCAUAGAACGAUAGAUGAUAAAAAACAAAGUUUAGCCCAAAGACAAAUUACUUUCAGCUGGAGGAGGAUGAGGUGGUCAGAGAGUCUAAAGUGAGUUUGAAAGUUCAGCACUUGUGUCUAAUUGAAGAGAAUAAAGCUUGUUCUACUCGUUUUUAUCAGUGUUAGUAACCGUUCAGCAGAACACAGUAUGUGUAUCGCCACGUGUCCCGGUGCAGACAGACCCAUGCUAUUUAGUGUUUGAAAAUGAAAAUAUGUGAAAGAGACUGGCCCACUAGUGUAGAUGUGUUUUCAUUAUGCCCAUGAAUGCAUGUAUGCAAUCGUACUGUUUCCUAUCUGUAAGCUAUUACUAACUGUAAUCUGAAAUGCUUCUCAGAGUAUACUUCGUACUUUGUACAGUAUGUUAUGAACAGCAAUCUGAUGUCAAGUGGUAACCCAGCUGUAGUUUCUGUAAAACGAUGACCAAAAUCUGUGUAUCAGAUUCUGAUUCCUGGCUUAUAGAUGUAGGUUCUUAAUUUGAUCACCCUGUUUCAGGAGAACCUUCCUGCAAUACAGGACAUUUCAAACGUGUAGUGUAUUUAAGGUUUAAAAAGGCUUCGGAAGUUUGUCAUUUCCACUUUGAAAUUAGAUUUUCCCAUACAAAAAAUGUAUCAACCACUACAAAAAUGUCCAUUAAUUAUAAUCCACAUAAUAAUUCACAAACUGGUUCAAAUUAAGAUCCUACAUCUGUUUUCUUUCUCCUCCAACCUUACAAACUGCAGUAUCACUGAAACUAUCAAGACUUCCCCUUUGUAUGCUGCUAAUUAUACAUGUAUGUAUGUAUUUAUGUAUGUAUGUAUGCAUGUAUGUACACUACAUGACCAAUAGUAUGUGGACACCUGCUCGUCAAACAUCUCAUUACAAGUUCAUGGACAUUAACCCUUUAGAGUCCAAGCCCUGUCUAAGCCGGGGGAUAUAUGUAACUGUUUUAAGAAGGUCGUACCAACGAUCAUUUAGCUAUUUGAUUUUGAAUUUUAAGACCCCUUGAAGUAUCUAAAAAAUAUAUUAAACAAAUAUUUGAUGAAAAUUUAUUUUUGACCUUACUGCUAUUAGCCCAUACAAAUGCGUUGAAUAACAGAUUCACUACAUGGAAGAACAGAUAGUCCCCCAAAAAUAUUAAAAGGAGGAUUGUUUUGAAGUGUCUCUCCUAUAUCUGAGAGAAAUCAGAAAUAUCAGGAAACAUUUGUUAUUCUUUUUUACUUAACCACUUAUUUUUGGCACUAAACAGUCUAAGCCCUGUCUAAGCCAGGGGAAGGGGGUUCUACUAAACUAUAUGGAAUUGUUUUAAGGUCAUACCAAGGAUCAUUUAGCUAUUUGAUUUUGAAGUGUAAGACCCAUUGAAGUAUAUAUAUUAAAGAAAAUAUGUAUAUACAGGGGCCUCCCGAGUGGCACAGUGGUCUAAGGCACUAUGUUGUGGCGUCACUACAGCCUGGGGUUCAAUCCCAGUGUCACAACCAGCCGUGACCAGGAGUCCAAUAGGACGGUGCACAAUAUGCCCAGCGCUGUCCAGUUUAGGGGAGGGUUUGGCCGGGGGGCUUUACUUGCUACAACUUAUCGUGCUCUAGCGACUCCUUGUGGCAGGCCAGGCACCUGCAGGCUGACAGUGGUCAUCUGUUGAAUGGUGUUUC